AUGACAAACAUCGUUACAAGGAAAUCUAUCACAUUCAUAAAUAAUCAGACACCAGCGACGAUCACUGAAUCAAGUUUAGAUUUAGACACAUGUUACAAAGAAACUGAAAUUGUCAUUGAGGUAUAUGCAGCUGCUUUAAAUCCAGUCGAUCUUGGCUUUCAAAAACUUACGUUCGCAAAAAUAUCUAAUUCUAAACCAAAGGGGAUUGGUGAAGAUUAUAGUGGAGUGAUCAUUCGCAAAGGUGUUAAAGUGGCACCUAUAUGGGGCAUAGGUGAUCAGAUUAAUGGUCUAUAUACACAUUUCUAUGGGGAGCAAGGUACAUUAAGUAAUUAUCUGAUUUUGGAUCCUUCUCAACAUCCGGCAAUUGGUCAUAUUGUAUCAAAAUCGACCCCUGCUACCAUCAACGAGGAAAUUGAUGUGGAUGAUGAUGAUGAUGAUGGCAAUGGCAAAAAGAAGAAUAGUGAAUUUGUGAAAAAUGCGGCUUGGCCAGUUGUUUUUGGGACUGCUUACCAGUCAUUAUUUGGUCAAGGUCAAAUUUGGAAUAAAGAUUCAAUGGUCUUAGUGUUUGGUGCGUCCACUUCUGUUGCUAAUUGUUUUGUUCAAAUAGCUAAGAAUCAAUUACAUAUUGGAACCGUUAUUGGUAUAUGUAGUAGCAAAUCAAUGGAACAAAACCAACAAGUUGGAUUUGAUUAUACAAUUCCAUAUGAUGAAGGGGAGGGAUUCAUUGCUAAUCUUAGAGAUUUGAUGAAAACUCCUGAAUUCAUUGGUAAGAAAUUUGAUUUGAUAUUUGAUUCUGCUGGUACAAGUGAAUUUUAUCCAGUUAUGGAUGAAUUUUUGAAACCAAGGGUUGAAAAUUCAUACUAUGUUACAGCUGUUGGUCCCAGGACACCUGUUGAAUAUACUCCAAAGGAGAUAUUAAGUCUUUACUCAUUGUCAGCACCAAUUAGAACAUAUAAUCCCUGGAGGAAAUUUAAUUAUAAAGGUAUUUUUGGUACACCAAAUAAAUCUUACAUGGAUUUAGCAGCACGUAUGAUUUCAUUAGGUAGGUAUGUGCCCAAAAUUGAUUCUGUGUAUCAAUUUGAGAAAUUCGAAGAAGCAUUCGAUAAACUUCGUUCAGGUAAGGCAAAGGGUAAAAUUGUUAUCCAAAUCAAAGAAUAA